AUGGCAAAGGAUAAGAAGAAAAAUGGGAAGAAGGCAGAAAAACCUGUAUAUCCUAUUCCUGCACAAGAUACUACAGCUGAGAGUAAUUCAACAAAACUGGUAGAUGGGAUUGAAGUGGAAGAAACACAGAAAAAUCCAGUGAUACCAGAGAAUGAACCAGAGGAAGUAGAGGAACCUCCAGUCCAAGAUGUUCCUCAAUACUGUGAGGAGCCUGCUCUUACAGAAGUUAUUGUAAAAAGCUAUGUGGGUGAAAAAGUCCGUGGAAUGUACGAGGGUGAAGGAUUUGCAUGUCUUGAGGGGGGAAAUACAUAUAAGGGCAUGUUCUCUGAAGGGCUUAUGCAUGGACAAGGGACUUACACAUGGGCUGAUGGAGUGAAGUAUGAGGGAACAUUUGUUAAGAAUGUGCAGAUGUUUAGUGGCCGUUACACAUGGAAUGAUGGCAGCAUUUAUGAAGGAUCAAUCCAGUAUGGCAUGAGGCAUGGAUUUGGAUUUUUCAGGAGUGGUACUCGUCCUGUUUCUUACGUUGGCUAUUGGUAUAAAGGCAAAAGACAUGGAAAAGGUACCAUUUAUUAUGAUCAGGAACGUACCUCUUGGUAUUCAGGCGACUGGGUAAACAACGUCAAAGAAGGAUGGGGAAUUCGAUGCUAUAAGUCUGGAAAUACCUAUGAGGGUCAGUGGGAGAAAAAUGUACGUCAUGGAAAGGGAAGAAUGAGAUGGCUGACAACUAAUCAAGAGUAUAUAGGACAGUGGGUGUGUGGCAUACAGCAUGGAUAUGGUACCCAUGUAUGGUAUUUGAAGAGAAUGCCUAUGUCUCAGUAUUCCUUAAGGAAUGAAUACGUAGGUGAUUUUGUAAAUGGGGAACGACAUGGAUGUGGGAAGUUCAUAUAUGCCAGUGGAGCAGUAUAUGAUGGUGAAUGGGUUUGUAAUAAGAAGCAUGGCAAGGGCAAGUUUGUCUUAAAGAAUGGUCAUGUUUAUGAAGGAGAGUUCAUAGAUGAUCAUGUGGUAGAAUAUCCUGCUUUUCAAGUGGAUGCAAUGAAUGCAAAAUUGCUGAAUGCCAUUUGCACAGCAAGUAAUUUUGGCACUGAAAACAUCACAAUGAUUAAUAUCUCAGAAAAUACUUCUAUUCUGGGAUCAAAUAUUGAGUUGGAUUUAUCUUCACUGCUUGACUUGUUGCCAAUGGAAGAGAGACACAAAGAAGUGAAACAAGUAGAAUUUGCUGUGUUGAGGCAUAUGACAGAACUGAGAAGAAUUUACAUCUUCUACAGCAGCUUAGGCUGUGAUCACUCUUUUGACAACAUCUUCCUCAUGACCAAGUUCCAGUUUUGGAGAUUUCUGAAGGACUGCCGGUUUCAUCAUGCCAACAUAACUCUUGCAGAGAUGGAUCGGAUAUUGAGUGGUGAUAAAACACCACUUGAGGAGAUCCAUUGUCCACAUGAGACUUUACUGUUCAGAACAUUUUUAUCUUACCUUACUCGUCUAGCAUUUCAUAUCUAUCAUGAAGAGCACAAAGAAAAAAGUCCUUAUCUGCAGAAGUGUUUUGUAGAAAUGAUGUCCAGGAAUGUUAUUCCCACUGCCUGUCAUACCCAGGGUAUCUUGUUUUCUGAUGAACGAUGUACGGUUCUUGCCAUGAGCUACAUUGACAAAUGCUGGGAAAUAUACAAAUCUUUUCGGAGACCAAGAACCAAACCUCCAUUUGAACCCACAAUGAAAAUGAGGCAUUUUCUUUGGAUGUUAAAAGAUUUUAAACUUAUCAGCAAACAACUAACAGCUUCAAGAAUUGUGGAAAUCCUUGUCAAAGAUGGUCCCUCUCUACAGGACAGCAGUACUAUCAACCUGGAGCAGGAGUUGGUUUUUCUUGAAUUUGUUGAAGCUCUUCUUGGUUGUGCAUUGGUGUAUGUCACCCGUGAUAUGAUUAAGGAGCAAAUGGAUCGGGAUAGUUGGAAAAGGAGCAGUUUUAGAAUCAAGGGUCCCUCUGAUGAAAUCACACAUAUAUCUCUGAGCUCAGAGUUCUCCCUGUCCCAGUUCACCUACAGCAGUGUAAUUGGUUCGGACAUGUACAGUGACACUUCUGAGGCAACUGAGCUUUGUUCACAGUUGGCUGUAAGUGAAAAUGCUGCAUCAUCACAGGAUGAAAUAAAGGAACAUAAGAAAUCUAGGCAUCUACUAACUGAAUUUAGAACUUCCUGCCAGCCACUGAGACCUUCUGAAGACAGAGGGUCUCCUCUUCAAGAAUUUUCAUCAGUGUUUAACUUGCAUGUUGCAGAUGAACGAGAAGCCAAAACUGAACAAGAUGAGAAAUUUAGUCUGCGGAUGCGUCAGGUGCAGAUCUUUUUUACAGCUAAGCUCUUCCCUGCCUAUCAGCAUGAAAAAGUGCUGAGGGAAAAAAUACUAGAAAAUCGAAUACAGGAUGCUGAGUUAGCUGAGCUGAGAAAGCUCAAGGAUGAGGAGCUGGCAAAACUUAUAGCUGCAAGAGAAGCAGAAGAGUCAAAAAUGCACGAAGCAGCUGCAGCAGCAGAAGCAGUUGACUCCAGUUCAGAUUUGCAGGAGUUAGAGAGGCCUGGCACACGGUUAGGACCCCCUCCCAAGGACGAGGCAGUCACUGCACCAUCCCCUAUCUCUACCAAGGGGCAACGCAGAAAGAAAAAGAAGAAACCCUGA